CACCUGGACUACACUUCCCGAGAUGCUCCGCAGCAGGACCGGGCCUGCGUGUGGGGCCAGGGAGGGCGGGGCCGCCGCGCCAGCAGAGAGCGCGGGAAGUCCGGAACCCCGGGCGCGGCGACUACAGGAUGAGCCUGGAGCGCGAGCUUCGCCAGCUGAGCAAGGCCAAAGCUAAGGCCCAGAGGAGCGGCCAGCUGCGGGAGGAGGCCUCCUUCUGCCACCAGCUAGGGGAACUCCUGGCCAGCCAUGGCUGCUACGCGGAGGCACUGCGAGAGCACCAGCAAGAGCUGCAGCUCCUGGAGACCACCGACGACCCCCUGGGCUGCGCCGUGGCCCACCGCAAAAUCGGAGAGCGGCUGGCGGAGAUGGAAGACUACUCGGCUGCCCUGCAGCACCAGCACCGCUACCUGGAGCUAGCGUGUGCGCUCUCCAACCACGUUGAGCAGCAGAGGGCCUGGGCCACCAUUGGCCGCACCCACCUGGACAUCUAUGACCACCACCAGUCCCAGGACGCCUUGCAGCAGGCACAGGAUGCCUUCGAGAAAAGCUUGGCUAUCCUGGAUGAGAAGCUGCAGGGUUCACUGCCCAAGCGAGAGCUGAGUGAGAUGAGGACCCGAAUCUACCUCAACCUGGGCCUCACCUGCGAGAGCCUGCAGCAGGUGGGCCUGUGCAGUGCCUACUUCAAGAAGAGCAUCUUCCUGGCCGAGCAGAACCACCUGUAUGAAGACCUGUUUCGAGCCCGCUACAACCUGGGGGCCAUCCACUGGCGGCGGGGGCAGCACUCGCAGGCCAUGCGCUGUCUGGAGGGGGCACGGGAGUGCGCGCGCGUCCUGAAGCAGGCCUUCCUGGAGAGCGAGUGCUGCCUGCUGCUCUCGCAGGUCCUCCUAGACCUCGGGGAUUUCCUGGCUGCCAAGAGAGCCUUGAAGAAGGCCUAUCGGCUCGGCUCCCAGAAGCCUUUGCAGAAAGCUUCAGUCUGCCGGACCCUGAAGUAUGUGCUGGCGGUGAUCCAGCUGCAGCAGCGACUAGAGGAGUCCGAGGAGAGUGACCCCGAGGUUGCCAUGGGCAUCUGUGAACAGCUGGGGGACCUGUUCUCCAAGGCAGGCGACUUUCCCAAGGCCGCUGCAGCCUACCAGAAGCAGCUGCACUUUGCAGAGCUGCUCAGCAGGCCGGGGCCCGAGCUGGCCGUCAUCCACGUGUCCCUGGCUGCCACCCUGGGGGACAUGAAGGACCACCGCCAAGCUGUGCACCAUUACGAAGCGGAAUUGAAGCUGCAGGAGGGCAACCCCCUGGAGGAGGCCAAGACCUGGUUGAACAUUGCGCUGUCCCGUGAGGAGGCUGGCGAUGCCUAUGAGGUGCUGGCGCUGUGCUUCCAGAAGGCUCUUGGCUGCGCCCAGCUGGCCGGGCAGCCCCAGCUGCAGAGGCAGAUCUUGAAGCACCUCCAUGCUGUACAGCUGAGGCUGCAGCCCCAGGAGGCCCCCAGCACCGAAACCAGGCUGCAGGAACUGAAAGCGGCUGGAGACGAGGACAAGGGGGACGGGGAGGACGAGGGGGACGGGGAGGACGAGGAGGACGACGAUGCUCUGGAGGCCACGGAGCUGGAGCUCUCCGAGAGUGAGAACGAAGCCGACGCGUCCCCGCCACUGGAGGAAGAUGAGGAGCUACGAGGCUGCCUGGGCCGGCAGAGGGUGAACAAGUGGAGCCGGCGAAACGACGUGGGAGAGACGCUGCUGCACCGAGCCUGCAUCGAGGGCCGGCUGGGCCGCGUUCAAGACCUGGUGAGGCAGGGCCACCCCCUAAACCCUCGGGACUACUGUGGCUGGACGCCCCUGCACGAGGCCUGCAACUACGGGCAUCUGGACAUCGUCCGUUUCCUGCUGGACCACGGGGCUGCAGUGGAUGACCCAGGCGGCCAGGGCUGUGACGGCAUCACGCCCCUGCAUGACGCCCUCAACUGUGGCCACUUUGAGGUGGCUGAGCUGCUCAUCGAGCGAGGAGCCUCUGUCACCCUCCGCACCAGGCAGGGCCACAGCCCGCUGGAGACGCUGCAGCAGUGGGUGAAGCUGUACGGCAAGGAUCUGGACAGUGAGACGCAGGAGAAGGCAGCUGCCAUGGGGAGGCUGCUCCAAGCGGCCUCCUUGGGUCGAGCUCCCCACAGCUCCCAGGCUCCACAGACCCUCCCAAGUAACCAUCUGUUUGACCCUGAGACCUCUCCUCCCUCAAGUCCUUGCCCAGGAACCCCAGAGGUCUGUGAAGCCAGCACCAGAGUGUCCCAGGGGCUGGCAGUGUCUACUGUGGCCAGACCUCGGAGGAGCAGGCACAAAGUGGCCAGCAGUAGCAGCUCAGAGGGCGAGGACAGUGCUGGCCCGUCCCAGCCCACCCAGAAGAGGCCCCGGCACGCCAGCCCAUCACUGCAGACCAAGGCCCCGAUGCCCGGGCCUGCCAGCGAUAGGGAGGCAGCCACAACAAGUGCCAGCUGGGCUGCCUACCGGGCAGCCAUCCGUGGAGUGGGCAGUGCCCAGACCUGCCGCCUGGGCCCCAGUCCACUGCGAGGGCCCAGCGAGAUGCCCAUCCCCCAAGCAGCACUCAUCCCUAGGGAGGAGUGCUUGGCCAGAGACUGGCUGGAGGAAGACUUCCCAAUGAGCCCUGGUCACCGGGGCCACCGCCCAGCCCGUCCCCAGAGCAGUGGGGAUGGCGGCAGACACCGUGUCUCCGGCCCAGGCAGCGACACGGCACGCAGGCCCCGGGCCCAGGCCCGGCAGAGCCGGUUGCCCUAUCUCGAGAGCCGGAGCACACCAGUCAGAGCAGACAGAGCCGACAACCCGGCCACAGAGCCCGCACGGAGCCCCGACGUCCCCAGGGUCGUGGCGCCCGCUGGAGAAAACCCCACAGCAGGCCGCCUCCCGGGUCAGGUCCUGCCCCCUCCCAUCCGAGUCCGAGUUCGAGUUCAGGACAACCUCUUCCUCAUUCCCGUUCCACACCGGGAGGCCCACUCUGUGGCUUGGCUGGCUGAGCAGGCCGCCCAGCGUCACUACCAGGCCUCCGGGCUGCUGCCUCGGCUCUCCCUGCAGAAAGAGGGGGCCCUGCUGGCCCCUCAGGACCCCAUCCCCGACGUGCUGCAGAGCAACGAGGAGGUGUUGGCUGAGGUGACUUCGUGGGACCUCCCCCCACUGAGGGACCGCUACCGCCGGGCCUGCCAGACCCUGGAGCAAGGGGAGCACCAGCAGGUGCUACAGGCCGUGGAGCACCAGGGCUCAGCCCCCACAUUCAGCGCCUGCUCCCUGGCACUGCGCCAGGCCCAGCUCACGCCACUGCUGCGGGCCCUGAAGCUGCACUCAGCACUCCGGGAGCUUCGCCUGGCCGGGAACCGGCUGGGGGAUGGGUGUGUUGCUGAGCUGCUGGCCACCCUGAACACCGUGCCCGGCCUGACCCUCCUCGACCUGUCCUCUAACCACCUGGGCCCUGAAGGCCUGCGCCAGCUUGCUGCGGGCCUCCUGGGGCAGACCACCUUGCAGAACUUGGAAGAGCUGGACUUGAGCAUGAACCCCCUCGGGGAUGGCUGUGGCCAGGCCCUGGCCUCCGUCCUGCGGGCCUGCCCCGUGCUUUGCACCCUGCACCUCCAGGCCUGUGGCUUUGGCCCCAGCUUCUUCCUGAGCCAUCAGGUGGCCCUGGGCAGUGCCUUCCAAGACACCAAGCGCCUGAAGACACUGUCCCUGUCCUACAAUGGCCUGGGCCCCACUGCUCUGGGCCAGGUCCUGGGGAGCAUGCCGGCACACAGCCUCCUGCGCCUGGAGCUGAGCUCUGUGGCCACUGGCAAGAGUGACCUCGGCCUCACGGAGCCUGUGGUUCGCUACCUGAGCCAGGAAGGCUGCGUCCUGGAGCACCUGAGCCUGUCGGCAAACCACCUGGGCGACAAAGACGUGAGAGCUCUGAGCAGAUGUCUCCCUCUCUGCCCCUCACUGGUCUCGCUGGACCUGUCUGCCAACCCUGAGGUCAGCAGUGCUGGCCUGGAGGAGCUCCUGUCUACCCUCCAAAAGCGGCCCCAAGGCCUCAGCUUCCUGGGCCUGUCAGGCUGUGCUGUUCAGGGCCCCCUGGGCCUAGACCUCUGGGACAAAGUUGUGGCGCAGCUGCAGGAGCUGCAGCUGUGCACCAGACGUCUCUCCGCUGAGGACCGGGAUGCCCUGCACCAGCUGUUUCCCAGCCAGCUGGGCCCCAAAGUGUGCACCCUGGACCAGGGCCCCAAGCUCUUCUUCAGGCACCUCUGACUGGCCAGCCUCAUGGUGUGCCCUCCCCAGGCCUCUAAUAAAGAAGCCACUGCUGCUUCCA